GAUGCGUUCAGUACUUAUUUCUACCACUGUAUGAAUCUGCAAUUACUGAUAUUUGCGCAGGUGUUUUGAAAACUAAUAUAAACCGAGACCACCUCUAAGCCUCGCCCCCUUCCCCCAUCUUACAUCCUCUUGGCUGGAUUCAGCAUAGAAUAUCUUUGUCAUUGUACAAGUUCCACGAAAUUGAAUUGCAGCUUCCUUUAGCAGGGUUUUAGUGACACUGUGUGCAAUAUUCAGUCUGACCAGUAUUCAGUAUUACAGAGCAGCACCAGACAGUAGUGAUACAGGUGCCAGUGAUAACUGCUGUGUAGUAGAUUGGUGGCUGGUGUUUGUCAGUACAGUGAGCAGAUAUGUGGAGUAUGAGAGUCUGUUCAUUGCAGGCCAGUAGUUAUGGAUGGAUUUUGGAGGACUGGUUCACUGCAGUGAUUACCCUGAGGAAGAAGCUGUUCCUCAAUUUGGUUGUGUGGGCAUAGCAUAACAUAACAUCUCGUAACGUCUGCCAGAUGGUAUAAGGUCAAACAGGUAAUGACAGGGGAGGGUGGAGUCCUGGCAGUUGCUUUCCUGAGACAGUGGGAGUUGGCUGGUAGUUGUGCUCCAUUGAUUUUUUUGGGCACUGGAGACAACCUGCUGCAGAACUUUCUUGUCAGAUGCUGUGCAGUUGGAGAACUACACAGGGAUGCAGUAUGAUAGGAUGGUCUCUGUUGUGCAUCAAUAGAAGGUCACCAGCAACUGUUUGGGUAGUCCAGCCUUCAUAAGUGUCCUCAGGAAAUAUACCUGCUGCGCUUUCUUUGCCAUUGAGGUGAUGUUGAGAGACCAUAUGAGAUGUGGACACCCAAGAACUUGAAGCAAGAUAGAGAGUUGUAAUCAAUAAAUAGCAUCCUGAUGUAUGUGCUCAGUCUUUCUAUAUAUAUCAGGACGUUGUGGACGGCGAUCUAUUCGCCUUGUAAGCAAACUGAUAUCCAGGGAGGCAGGGAUAACGUCUUUGAUGUGGGAGAGGGGGAAUUUCACAAAACACUUCAUAGUGGUGGGUGUGAGUGCAACCGGUCAAUAGUCAUUUAGGUUGCUGAUAUUUUACUUGUUCUAAUUUUAAAAUGAUUAUAUAAAAAAAAUAUUUUUUACACUAUUUACUGCCCGUUGCAUCUAACUGAGCUUUUGCAAUUGGUGCUGCCUGUUCUUUGCACAGCUGUAUUAUUACACCCUCCUGUACUCUACUUAAAUGUGAAAUAGUGGAAAUGCUUAUUGUCCUGUCUUAUUUUAGGUUAUAGGUUCUGGAUGUUUUUAAAAAGGUAAGUUGCUUAUAGGGAAAAAAAAUCUAUAUUGCGCAAGCCUAUUUUUUAUGUAAUAAUUUAGAGUUUGUGCCAACCCUCACUUAUUUCUGGCAUUUUUAAGGAAUAAAAAUUUUUAAAAUGAAGAAGCUAAGGAGACGAAGUUGUCAAAUUGCAUUCGGCAGAAGAAGGAGCAGUUCCUCCAACCAUACAGAUCAGGAUAUUCUUCUCCGCCCUCCCUCCCCAUGUAGGCUUAAUUUCUCCUUGUCCAGAGACACACUCACAUAUGCCCAAUCUCAGAAAAUGUUGGAGGUAGAACUUGAGGGGAGAGUUCAUCAGAUUAAUGUUUCUGACCCACUCAAAGUCAUCACAGAGGAUGAGAUGCUGGCGCAGGACCUGGCAGAGUGCAACAGCAACAAAGAGAACAGCGAGCAGAUUGCAAGCUAUGCUCAGCGGGACCACACAGUCUCAUCAUAUAAGGACAGGAGGAAAGAAAACAAACAUGGUGGCAGAAGUAGACAUUCUGGUGGCCACCACUACACCCACAACCAUUUGAGCUCAAGUUAUCACACUCAGUUAGUGAGCUCUCUACCUAAGCCCACCUUCCACUGGGUGGACACCUACGCACCAUCAGAGGCUCGUCCUCUUCCUGUGGCCUACUACCGUUAUGUGGAGAAGUCCAAUGAGGAGCUGGAGAUGGAGACGGAGUAUGACAUGGAUGAGGAAGACAUGGCUUGGCUGGAGAUUGUCAAUCAGAAACGUGUAUCAGAUGGGCAUGCCUCAGUCUCUCCUGACACAUUUGAGUUACUGAUUGACAGGUUGGAGAGGGAAUCUAUUCUGGAGUCCCGGAGCCAAGUCUUGUCCCAGAGCGCCAUUGAUGAAGAUGCUUUCUGCUGUGUGUGCCUGGAUGACGAGUGCCUUAACAGCAAUGUCAUCUUGUUUUGUGACAUCUGCAACUUGGCUGUGCACCAAGAGUGUUAUGGUGUUCCCUACAUACCUGAAGGCCAGUGGUUAUGCCGCUGCUGCCUGCAGUCCCCUUCUCGGCCUGUGGACUGUGUCCUUUGCCCAAAUAGAGGAGGUGCUUUUAAACAGGCCAGCGAUGGCCGCUGGGCCCACGUAGUUUGUGCUAUCUGGAUCCCUGAAGUUUGCUUUGCUAACACAGUAUUCCUAGAGCCUGUAGAAGGAGUGAAUAACAUUCCCCCUGCAAGAUGGAAACUCACUUGCUACCUGUGCAAACAGAGAGGGAGGGGGGCAUCCAUUCAGUGCCAUAAGGCCAACUGUUACCGAGCAUUUCAUGUCACCUGCGCUCAACGGGCUGGGCUCUUCAUGAAGAUUGACCCAGUCUGUGAGACUGGCACUAACACCACAUUCACUGUGAAGAAGACUGCCUUCUGUGGGAACCAUUCUCCUUUUGGAGCACAAAUGGGGUACAAUGAUGUGGCUGGAGGCUUUGUAGGGGGUAGGGGUCAAAGGUCAUACACUCUAGGACCUGCAGUUCAGCAAAAUCAGCAUGGGAGCAAAAAGGGUUCGGUCGCACAGCAACAAAAGAAGACAAGAAAGAAUGCAAAUGGAGUGUCACAGGAGUCAGCAGUGCCUCUACUCCUUGUGCCCCAAAUCCCUUCCUACAGGCUUAAUAAGAUUUGCACAGGCAUGCCAGUACAGAGGAAGAACCAGUUCAUGCAGAGGCUUCAUAAUUAUUGGCUGCUAAAACGCCAUUCCCGCAAUGGAGUUCCACUCAUCCGUCAGCUCCACUCACACCUACAAGUUCAGAAGAAUAAAAAGCCGGAUGCCAAGGUGCAGGCAUUGAGGUUGGAGCUAAAAUACUGGCAGAAGCAGCGGCAACACCUAGAGAAAGCUCGACUCUUGAUCGAGCUCAUCCACAAGAGAGAGAGGCUCAAACGUGAACAGCUAAAACUGCAGCAGGUGAGUUUGGAACUCCAGCUUACUCCAGCCUUAGUACUGCUGCGCUCCACACUGGAGCAACUGCAAGAGAAGGACACUGCUUGCGUCUUUAUUUCACCUGUCAAUCUGUCUGAGGUUCCAGAUUAUCUGGAGUUUGUUUCUGAGCCCAUGGACUUCUCUACCAUGCGUGAGAAGCUGGAGGCACAUAAGUACUGCUCUGUGGCAGAUCUGGAAGCUGACUUCAACUUAAUGGUGUCUAACUGCCUGCGGUACAAUUCCAGUGACACAGUGUUCCACAAAGCUGCCAUGCAGCUCAAGGAGGUGGGUGGUGUCAUCUUGCGGCAUGCCCAGCGCCAGGCUCUUAGCACAGGCUUUGAACUUUCUACAGGCAUGCAUCUUCCAGACUCAGCCAGCAAAGUGAAGUCCAACCAAUCCUGCUGGGACAAGGUGGACAUGCUUUUGGACCCUGGAAAUAGAUUCCACAUGUCUCCAGAGACCCACCUGAGACAGCUGCUUGAAACGCUGGACAUGGUGACCUCCAUGUGCGCCAGUAGAGGACGCACUAAACGUAUGCGACUGCUGCGCAGGGAAAUCAACAGUAUCCGGCACAAGCUCAGCUGCCACCGGCGAACUUCACGACUGCUCAGUGGUAACAUCAAAAAGGAAGACAAGCAUAAGGAGGAAGGACGGAAUGAAACAAUUAAUUAUGCAACAGCCAUUCCAGGGGAUGCCCUACCAAAUGCUCCAGUCUUCUGCCUGGAAACAGGAGGAAUGACCACCCAUGGCCAGAUUUAUAAACGGCAAGGAAGCAGAGGCAGGGGGAGAGGCAGAGGAAAGGUGAAACCUCCCAGUGAGGCUUCUGCCCAUACAGAAGUAAAAGAUGAUAAACUCCAUCUGAAGGAACGACACACUCUGGCCAUGUCCUCACAAGAGGAGACUGCUAACAGAGUUUCCUCUCUGGACAGUUCACCCAUUUUGCCCAAGUUGGGUGUAGGCCGCCGCACAUCCAUAUUAUUCAAGAAAGCUAAAAAUGGAACCAAACUGACCAAAAGCAUGCUGUUUUCACUCCAGAACAGAGUCACUGCUGACCAAACAAGUGAAAAACUGUCAGAUCAUAGAUCUCAGCCAAGCCUCAUUUGCACACCACCGACCCCAAAAUUUCCUUCCAAAGAGAAUGGCUUGACAAAUGGUCUUAAAAAACAGAAGAAUAGAACCCCAGGGUCAGAGAGUUACUCUACUGCUCAUCAAAACAUUAGUUCACCUCCCAAAUUCAGUCAAGGCAACCCAUCUUUAAACAAGGUUCCAGUUGGGGAGGGAGAGAACACAAAGGCUGAUUCAGAGACCAAUCUGGAGCCUCUCAGCUUGGUUUGGGCUAAAUGCAGGGGAUACCCCUCAUAUCCUGCUAUGAUGGUAGAUCCUGACCUGCCCAAAGAACGAAUUCUUCCUAAUGGCAUUGUAAUCCCAGUACCACCGCAGGAAGUGCUGAAAUUGGGUGAGCGUAGACAGAUGGAAACUGAGGACAAGCUAUUCCUUGUGCUGUUCUUCGACACGAAAAGAACUUGGCAAUGGCUACCAAUGGGCAAACUCCAUCCAAUGGGAAUUGAUGACACUGUGGAUAAACUUCACCUGAUGGAAGGCAAGAAACCAACUGUACGGAAGUCUGUACACAUGGCAUAUGAGCGUGCAAUGAAGCACCUCAGCAAUGUGCAUGAAAAGAGGAACUUCAGCCCCCCCUCUUACAUUUAAAGUACUAUACUGUGAUAUAGAACUCAAACUUGUCAUGUAGUGGUUGAAAGCGAAACUUUAGAAAUGUUCAUAGAUAUAUUUUGUGUGUCAGCAUGAUAAUUUAUAUGCUGUGAAUAGAAGUCAGGUGUGUUUUUCUCUUGCAGAGGUCCAAGACCUUUCUGGUACUUAGAUGGGCCCUGUUUUGAGCCAUGUGACCACUAUCAAGAAAUUUAAUAAAUAUACUGACCCAUCUCUAAAAAGUAAAACUAAAAUGACAUACUGGCAAUGCCUGUCAUUGGUUAUGUUUAGGCCUACAUGCUGCCUAAUAAUCUGUUAACAAUCUGACUAAUGGCUCAAUUCGAAUAAGAAACAUUCAUGUGUACACUUCCUUGCAAAUAGAGUAAACUGAUUCAGGCCAGUGUCUGUGUUUGAGUCACACUUCCUGGUGGAAUAAAUACAUCCUAUGGAAAAAAACAGUUCUUGUUACACAUUGUAAGUCUGAGAUGUGAAUGUGAUGGUGUGAUGCCUAUUAAACUUGAGGCAGAUGCAGGACGUGGAUUACCUCAGUAAAGUUCAGCAUUUAAUAUUA